AUGCUGUGAGGAAGCUCGUUUUCGUUUUUCUCCCCGUUCUCGUUCAUCGUUAGAAUUUCAGUGUUUUUAUUUGGUUGUUCGGUUACUCGAUUAUUCGUUGCGCGAUAAGUAGCUCGUAAGAAUAGAAUCGAUGGUUUCGACGAAAAUGUUCAAGGGAUUUCUCCGAAACUUUCUAUAAUUGAAAUUAGUGUUUGAAGGUUUAGCGAGAAGGAACAGCAGCUUCGCCGGAGGCUGGAAGUCUUUUUGAAGUGGUUGCAACGGUCCUUGGCAGUCCCUGGGCACCCAGGUGACCUCGUGCGAGGCCAGGGUACCUUCAAGCUGCUGGGACAACCUCACGGCCAUUAAACACGUUCACACGCCCGACUCUUGCGAAGAUGAGUUCAGCAUCGACGGGUGGAACCGAGGGGUCUAGUCCAGCCUCUAGCCCUGCCUCGGCUACGAGUCUCACAAUGGCUGCGCCAAAGUAUGGUACAUUAGUACCUAAUCGUAUCUUUGUCGGGGGCAUUUCUGCUAAUACCAGCGCCGAAGAACUGACCCAACUGUUUUCCUCCUAUGGUAACGUGAAAGCUACGAAGAUAAUCGCGGACCGUGCCGGUGUUUCCAAAGGUUACGGAUUUGUUACGUUCGAAACCGAAGAGGAAGCCAAGAGACUUCAAAGAGAACCCGAAUGCAUCAUCUUGAGAGAAAGGAAACUAAAUAUUGCACCGGCGAUCAAAAAGCAACCCUUCAACAGAUCUUUCGACGGUGGUUCCGGAUCUCCGCCUUCUAUGCCUACUAGCCCUUACUAUUACCCGAACGGUAUGGGGUUAUACCAAAACGGAAUGUAUUGCAACACGAUGGCUGCAGCUCCAACGACACCGAUUGCUCCGCCGACUGAUCCGGCAACGAUCUAUCAAACCACAGGAGUGUUCGGACCUCAAGCCGCUGGCCAUCAAACUUUCGCGCCUGUGAUGUAUCCAUGUCCAGCACCGUCGCUCUACAUGCCACAGCAGUACCCAUAUUCGCCUAUGCCGUACGAGACGUAUUAUCCAGGGGCAGCAGCAGCCGGAGCUUCACCGUACUUGUAUCCUAGCAGCCACUCGCAGACCAACACAAACGCCAGCAACAGCAAUUCUGGAAACGGAAACAAUGGAACGGCGGGGGCAACUAGUCCUCCGACAGGACCUCCGCCGGCGCCACUUCCUUCUCUACCUCCACCAGCAGCCACACACUUUUAUCCCGCUGCCCCGCCGCCGCACCAUCAUCAUCCACCGGUGCAAGCUGGUCCACCUCAGACGCAGGUCGAUCAUGUUUAUUAUCCGUUUCCAACCGGAACUCAUCCUCCGCCACCACCGCAUGCAGCCAUGGGACUAGCCGAGCAGCAGUUGGUGCUCUACCCAACGGACGCUUCGUUCCAGCAAACGUCGUCGUCCGAUGGUCAGACUGCUCCACAAGAGGAUUCUCCUUCAACGUCGAGCCACUCUGAGCAACCGCAUAGUGACACAACGCAAGCUGCUGCGGGUUCGUCCGCACCCAUGGUGUCCUUGAUGCCCGUCAAAUUUCCCGUAUCCGGACGUUAUACGAAUUAUCAUUCGAUCGCGAUACAUAGCGCGAACUUGUACAAUUCGCAGUCGUGCUUGAACGAGACCGAGGAUUGCGGCGGGAAUCGAAUGCAUUGCAGGACUAUCGUCUACCACCCGGCGACGGUUUACAUUCCUCACGCGCACGCUACAGCUCCGUUUCACAAUGCUUCGGUGGCUGGCGUCGCGGCCGGUACCAGCUUGCUACCGACCCCGACUGCGGCCACCGGUCCGGGCUCAUCCAUGUCUCAGCAAAUCUUCGACUCGUCGGCUAAACCUCAGAGUUACAAUUCAAGGGAAUAUUCAAAAUCGGGGUCCGCGAAUGGACAAAGCAGUUGUUACUCGAAAGGCGGUCAUGGGAACGCGUUGUCGCCUCACCAAUCGUCGCUCGUGAAUAAAUCGCAUCUGACGAACUCGCAGUUGUACAAGCACGUGAACGUGGACGGUAGUUACAACAAGUACCCAUCUUCCGCGAUGGGUUCGCGGUUCUCCAUGCAAUACAAUCACCGAAGAACUGUAGCUUCGGCAGCAACGACGGUUGUUGCCGGUGGUUCCCCGACAGUUCAGACUUCUCCGGGUUGCUUCGCAGCAUCGCGAUCCGACACCUAUAGUCCUCAGAGGUCCGGGAACGUCGGUGGUUUCGUAUCGAAUCCGCCACCUCUUCAAUCCUACAACGCCGGUUACACGAGUUCCUCGCAGUCGAAAAUGUUCAUCGCGUCCGGUCAAGGUUUCACGAACGAGUACGCCAACGGUCGCAGGAAUCAUUUGAACGACCAGUACGCGGACAACGCGAUUAAAUUGAACACCUACUCGAGUCGCAAGAACGCGGUUAACGCGUAUCGCAAUAACGGGCAAACGUCGGAGGGUAUCGUUGGUGGCUCGAGCAGUCGGUCGUCCACUGAAAAUUAUAACACGAGCCUCGAGGCUGAAACGGGGGGCAGCAACGGUUCGCAGGCUGCUCAAACCGUGCAGAGCGUGCAGAAUGUACAGAGUGUACAAAGUACCGCGGAAAGUAAUAGCAAUUCGGAGAAGCCUGACAGUCCACCGCCAGCACCCUACUCGCCUAUGACACGACCGCUCCCAACUUUAUCACCACCCACCUCCCAGGUCCCGUUGUACCCUCCAUCGCAAAACCGUUACCAGCCAUCCCUGGUCCCGUCCCAGCAUCACCAUCAGCAACAGCAGCCGCAGCAGCAGCAGCAGCAACAACAACAGCAGCAACAGCAGCAGCAACAGCAGGGAAUUUUGGUUGGUCCGCCAGGCCCUAGUCCAAACGGACAAUCAACCUCGAAUCCCAACGUCGUUCCAAAUCCUGGUCUGAGUCCUUUCGGGCAACCGCAAUUGUCACAAGCGAAUCUGACAACAACUACCACAUCCGCAACAACUAGUCAAUUUCCAACCUCGAACGGUACUUCCGGUUUACCUAACAGUUCUCCUGUACAGAAUCAACACCAGUUCCCUGACAUUAUGAAGGUUCGGCUGACCCAAGCUCAGGUGAUCGCUCACCAGCACCAACAACAACAACAGCAGCAACAGUUGCAGCAAUCUCAGCAGCCGGCUCAACCGCAACCGCAGCAACAGCAGAGUCAAUCACAACCACAGCAACCCGUGCAGAGCGUGCAGAAUGUACAGAGUGUACAAAGUACCGCGGAAAGUAAUAGCAAUUCGGAGAAGCCUGACAGUCCACCGCCAGCACCCUACUCGCCUAUGACACGACCGCUCCCAACUUUAUCACCACCCACCUCCCAGGUCCCGUUGUACCCUCCAUCGCAAAACCGUUACCAGCCAUCCCUGGUCCCGUCCCAGCAUCACCAUCAGCAACAGCAGCCGCAGCAGCAGCAGCAGCAACAACAACAGCAGCAACAGCAGCAGCAACAACAACAACAACAACAAUCGAGUCAACAGCAGCGUCGGUACACCAUCGCUCCGACUGCUCUGCCCACAGCCAGUCGAAAGUCCACCGAGAAAUACUCGAGUUCCGGCUCGACUCAAAACAGCGCGGUCCUGAGGCAGAGCAAGUACAAGGUGAACGGGAUCAUGCAGACGAGCAACAAAGUAUCCGAGGACAACCUGGGCGGUGCUGGGGACGCUCCUCCGGGUGUCGGUAGAAUGCCGAUCACCCCGCCGGGCACUCCGAGGACACUUCCAGUCCAUUCCACCGUCGCUGAUCAAAAUCAGCUGAGCGACACGUGCCAUCAGAUGCAGGCUCUGAGUCUCUGAGUCUCUAAGCCUUCGAGCCUCUGAGCCUAGUUUCGCAUUGCGCUCUCACCUGCGUCCUUCGAAUUCUUUGUUUCUCUUUUCUUUCUCUCCUCUUCUCUCUUCUCUUUUCUUCUAUUUUACUUCAUUUCUGUAUUUCAUCAAUCCCUGUUUUCGUCGGAGUCAUCUUUUCUCACGGUUCUCAAAUACACGGACCACACGUGUCUCCUUCGAUUUCAAAUUGUCACCUGUUCGAAGGCGGACAAACGUUAACACUGCAUUAGCACCCGUGUGAAGAAGAGAGAAAUCGAAAUUUUCUCUUGUGAUCUCAAUCCCCCAAUGCAAAAAAAAGAGAAAAAUGGCAAAUGAACUAUAAACGAUCGAACUUGUAAAUUAUUAAUUCUUCGGUAAAUUAUCAAACAUACUAAAUUGUUAAGCAUU